AUGGAAAAACCUCACGGCUUAGCGAAACAAACUUUAUUCCGCUCAUCUUCGACUCAGCAAGGUGCCAAACUGUUGUUGCUGAGCUGUAUGGUUUUGACUGUCCCAGCGUGUAACACCUUACCCAAACAGAUCCCACAGACGCCCGUCUAUGCCUUUGAUUUGCCAACCGAUCAAACCAGUUUAGGCAAAAUCGUACUGCCUUUACGUGAACAAAAUCCAGGCCUUACAGGUUUCCAUGUUCUCUAUAAUCCACUCGAAGCAUUGGCCGCGCGUAUCCAUCUCAUUGAUAAGGCAGAAAAGACCUUAGAUCUACAAUACUAUAUUUGGGACAACGAUCGUAUUGGUUCUUUAGCGCUUUAUUCUAUUUUGAAAGCCGCUGAUCGCGGGGUGAAGGUUCGAUUACUAAUCGAUGAUAACAAUGCCAAGAAAAUGGAAGGCAUUUAUUUGGCGCUCGACCAACACGCCAAUAUUGACAUCAAACUGUAUAACCCCUACCGCUUCCGUCACUAUCGUGCGAUGGAUAUGGUCUUAAAUCUAAAACGCAUCAACCGUCGUAUGCACAACAAAAGCUUCAUUGCUGAUAAUCAAAUUUCGUUGAUUGGUGGGCGUAACAUGAGCAAUCAAUAUUAUAACGUCAGCGACAGUUAUCAAUUUUCCGAUGUUGAUGUGAUGUUGGUCGGCUCUGCCUCAGAUGAAAUUGUGCAUUCCUUCGAUGAAUACUGGAAUGACGACUAUGCCUUUCCAGUGCGUCAAAUUGUCAACGCUAACCAUUACAGCUUGCGUUAUGAGGGUUUAAAAACCCAGUUAGAGCAGCACUAUCAGGAAGUGACCGUACAAAAUUAUUUGGAUCUGGCCAAUCGUUCUCAGGCCUUUGAACACUGGCUAAAUGAUAGUAUCCAGUUCGAUUGGGUCAAAGCCGAAGUGGUGAAAGACUCACCAAGCAAAACCAAGUCUCGUGCGAAAAAAGAAGAACAUUUAAACUUCCAGUUGCAAACCCAUUUAGAAAAGCCAAUGGAAAGCAUCGACAUUAUUUCGGCCUAUUUUGUGCCUGAACGUAAAGGCAAAAAACAUCUGGCAAAUCUAGCUCAAAGUGACAUUCAAGUUCGCGUACUGACCAACUCAUUUAAAGCCAAUGAUGUGCCGUUGGUACAUGCUUUCUAUGGAAAAUAUCGUGAAGACUUGCUGGAAAGCGGUGUUCAACUCUAUGAGUUUUUAGCCACGCCUGCGGCCGAAGCCCUAAACGAAAACAAUGAAGAAAUUUCGAAAAAAGCCAAAGUCAGCAUCAAAGGAUUAAGCCGCUCGAGUCUGCAUGCCAAACUCAUGGCCAUUGAUGAGAAACAGAAGCAAGGUGGCGAAAAAACCAUUUUAGUCAGUGUUGCCAUCCAUAUUCUGGAAGACCUUGAUGCAGAAGAAUUUCGUUUGCUUGCUAAGUCGGCAGGUGCAGAAAUUCUGGAGCAUGUUCACGCUCAAAGAUUCAAACCCGAUGCUAAAUAUUUCAUUGGUUCAGGCAAAGCAGAAGAAAUUGCUGCUCGUGUUGAGGAACUUGAAGCCACACUGGUGAUUAUUGACCAUGCCCUAACCCCUAGUCAGGAACGUAAUCUGAGUCGCAUUAUCAAGUGCCGCGUCAUUGACCGUACACGCCUUAUUCUAGAUAUCUUUGCACAACGUGCCCGUACCCAUGAAGGGAAACUUCAAGUCGAAUUGGCUCAAUUGGAUCACUUGUCUUCUCGACUGGUCGGUACAGGCAUUAGCCUCGAUAGCCAAAAAGGCGGGAUUGGACUCCGUGGUCCAGGUGAAACGCAACUCGAAACUGACCGUCGUUUACUCCGUGUCCGUGUUGGACAACUUAAAGAUAAAUUAGAAAAAGUCCGUCAGACCCGUAUCCAAGGGCGUGCUGCACGUCAAAAAGCUGCAAUUCCAACCGUUUCUUUGGUUGGUUAUACCAAUGCUGGCAAAUCAACCCUGUUUAACACUCUUGCCAAAUCUGAUGUUUAUGCCGCAGAUCAGUUAUUUGCAACCUUAGAUCCAACCUUAAGACGUUUGGAAUGGGAUGGUAUUGGCCCGCUGGUCCUAGCCGACACGGUUGGUUUUGUGCGUAAUCUCGCGCAUGCUUUAGUGGAAUCGUUUAAAGCGACGCUAGAGGAAACAUUAGAAGCCAGUUUGCUGUUGCAUGUGAUUGACUCGAGCAGUCCAGACCAUAUGGAACAAAUUGAAGCUGUUGAAAAAGUGCUCAAAGAAAUUGGCGCAGAUAUUCCAAUCCUACGGGUGUAUAACAAGAUCGAUCAAAGUGGCGAACAAGCCAAAAUCAUUUACGCUGAACCCAAUGUACCUGAGCGUGUCUAUGUCUCAGCACAUACAGGCGAAGGAUUUGAUCUACUACGCCAAGCGGUACAAGAGUGCUUGAUGGGUCAAAUUCAGAGCUUUGAUGUCCUACUCAAACCAGCCUUAUGUGAUUCAAUCUGA